UCCACGACCACAGAUGCAAACUUAGCAUAGCAGUUCUUGGAAUUUUGUCGACAUGAACGUAAUUUAAUAACACAUACUCGAAUGUAGUUUUCAAGAACAAACAAAAGAAAAAAAUGUGUCGUGUUUUGAACCUACUAAUUUUAUUAGCAUGUAGCGUGAACCUGAUUCGCGCCGAAUUCGAUCUCGGAGACCUAUUUGGCGGAAUUACGAAAAUCACCGAAGAGAAUUACGAUUUGCCAGCAACCAUCGUGCCGACUUUUUACGAGCUAUCUAUUAAAGUAGAUUUCCAGGAUGUUAUAUUAUACGAAGGCGAAGUAUCGAUCAACUUCAAAGUGAAAUCGAAAACCAAUCAGGUAACGUUGAAUAGUCAUGGGUUGAAUAUUACGUCUAUUUCCAUCCUCAACGAUGUCAGCAAACUACGCUUGCAUAAUCAUACCAUUUUGGAAACGACUCAAAUGCUGGUCAUCAAUACGAAACCAACCCUUACCGAAGAUCGCGUCUAUACGGUUCGUAUCUCUUAUAGAAAUACCCUGAAGGAAGGAGAUAGCGGAUUUUUCCUAAAAUCGUUCAUGAUCGAAAACGAAACUCAGUGGAUAGCUACGACACAAUUUGAACCAAUUUUUGCCAGAAAUGUGUUUCCAUGUUUCGACGAACCACAUUUCACAUCUCCGUUCAUCCUGCACAUCGCAAGGCGAGAAGAACAAGAUACUUUAUGCAAUCUUCCAUUAAUCCGAACCGAAACUGAUCCGGAGAACAACAACAUCACGUGGGAUACCUUCGGCACUCAAAAAUCAAUUCCAACUUACGCCUUGACGUUUAUGAUAUCGAAUUUCGAUUUACUUCAAUUGACUGAAAAACAAAAACUAAGAUCGGAAGCAAAACGCGUACCAAUGGCUUCGGACGCCGAAAAAACUCUGUCAAAAAAAAUGAAGAGUACUAUAAAUUGCAUCAGACAGUUCACUCAGAUUGAAAUGAAAGAAGAUCAGAACAAUUACGAAAUUUACAUGGUUCCUAGUAACGCUGAAUUCGUAUUAGAUGACUGGGAGCUGAAAUUAUUCGGCACUACCGCGUUUUAUUAUCCGAAAAAAGACCCUUUACGAAACAAAGAACCUAUGGCUUUGAAUAUGGCACGACAAUAUGCCAGAAAAUUGAUCACCGAAUAUCUGGGGCACGUAAAAUGGGAAUAUGCCUGGUGGAACGAGGCUCUCAUUGCAUACACGGCGCACCGAGUAGCAACCGAAGUUGAAUCGAGUUAUAAAUUAUCCGAAUAUUAUUUAAUCAACACGUAUCAAAAAUCGUUGAUGGCCGACGUGUACAGCUAUCGAACCGCAUCCACGAAUAAUAAACCAUCGGUUAUUAUGGAAAAUUACGAUAACUUGGCUGUUCAUAGAGGCGUUGGUAUCUUGACCAUGUUAGAACACACAGUCUCGCCUUCAGUUUUUCAAAAAGCAUUCCACCAAUAUCUUCGCAUGUGCAACAGUAACAUAUCGAUGACACCAUACGUAUUAUACGACGUAAUAGACAAAGAUAUCCAACGUACACGUAAUAAUUAUCCGGUAGGCAUUUCGUACUUUAUGAAGUUGUGGACCGAAUCGAGCGAAUAUCCUUUAAUUUUGAUGAACACCACACACGGAGAUGUAGAAAUCAGACAAGAAAUAUACGGUUCCGAUGAAAAUGCUAAGGUAUUAGAAUGGAUAGUACCGUUGACAUAUACCACCAAAAAAUACAAAGACUUUUACGAAACGUCUCCCAAAGUAUGGUUAUUCCCUCGUCAAGAAGUAAGAUUGGGUAACAUAUUGGAAAAUGGUGACUGGAUUUUAUGCAAUAUACAGUCAACUGGUUAUUAUCGAGUAAAUUACGACCAGAGCAACUGGAAAGCACUAAUUCAACAAUUGUAUUCGAACCACGAAGAAAUCGACAUCAUCAGUAGAUCUCAAUUAGUAGACGACAUUCUUCAUCUGGCUAUCGAUGAAAGAGUAGAUUUCCAUUUGGCUCUCACCCUGACGAAUUACUUGAAAAAUGAAAACAGCCUGUUACCGUGGUUAUCGGCGAUAAAUGUUUUCAAAAAUUUAAUUUUGACUUAUGACCAAACUUCUGCCAGCAUCGCACUGAGAAGUUACAUUUUGGAAUUGUUUCAAAAUAUUUACCACACUAUUGGAUUUUACGGCAGUAGAAGGGAUUCUUACGAAGUAAAAAUCAGUCGACCAGAAUUCGUGUAUCUGGCUUGCAAUCUGAAAUUAAAUGACUGCGUGGAUAAGGCUUUGGUUGAAUUCAAUAAUAAGAAGCAUGAUUUGUCGAAAAUUAGCAUCGAUGUAAGAGAAGCUGUAUUUUGCACCGUUGCCAAAUAUUACAAUCAAACGGAAUUAUGGACUUAUUUGUGGAACAUGUACGAAUCUCCGAUUUACGAUUACGAAAAAUCCCUCAUCAUCCGAUCAUUUAAAUGCUUCGAAGAAACAAAAAUACUCAAAACGAUUUUGUAUAAAAUAAACGAUCAAAAUGAGAAUGUUUUAUCGGACAAACACAAACAAGAAGCUUACAAAUCGGUUUUCUUGAGUAAAGGCGGUACCCGAGCUUGUUUGCAAUACCUGGAAGAAAUUCUAUCGGAGAGCAACGCAGUAUAUUCCAUCAACACUGUAGCCACGAUCGAUUACAUAAUUUCCAACAUGGUAAUCGGCAAUCACGAACAACUGAAACUGAUUCAUAAUUUACUCGCGCAAAUGAACGAUUUAAACCAAACCGAUUACCAAGGUUUAGUGCACGCUUUAAAGAGUAAAUACCGCGAAUCUAAAGAAUCGUUGUCAUUCAUCGAGAACGUUGUUCGCGGAAUUAAUUCGGCCAUUAACAGCAUUAAUCCUUCUAAUCCACCUUUGAAAAAAAGUCAAUCAUUCAAGGAAAAGGCCGAGUCAUAUGUCAGAAGAGAAACCGAUCGAUUUUCGUACAAGAAAGUGGCCAAAGCUGUUUUCUACGAUUAUCUCGGGCCGAGGGUAUUUGGCAAAUACUUCCAAUAUAUUUCGCUGCUGAACUUUUUGGAUACAUCGAUACCUUACGAAAGACUAGUCAUUAAUUUGCUUAAAAAAGUUCACGUUCCGGAUUUCUUACAUAGAAAAACUCCGCAGACGGAACCUCCAAUGCAGUAUGACGAAUCUUCGUAAGAUGAAUUAUUGUUGAAAAACUUCGAAUACCAAAUAAAUUAUCGAUAAGACUGUACAAAUUUCAUUUUCGUCUUUUGGAACAAGUUUGUGUACGAAUUAGCUUUUUUUCUAGUUCUUGUUGAUCGCAUUUAUUUUCACAUUAAUGUGAAAUAACAAUGUACAAAUUAAUACAUCAAUUCAAUCGAUAUAAUUUUAUAUUUCAAUUUCAUUUUUAAGGAAUUUAUCAUAUUUUAUAUUAUGAAAAAUAAAAAUAAAAUUUUGAUUAAAAAAAAAA